AUGGAGAUCGUCCAAAUAUCUGAUAGCACAAUGCCUGGCGUCGCCGCGCCAUCGUCUGCCACAUUGAGCGAGCGAUUGACUCCAAUCAAGCGCCGGGCUUCCAUCGCGUGCCGUCGAUGUCGACGUAAGCGCAGCAAGUGUCUGUCCAAUAAGAACUCCCCAUGCAAACUUUGCCUCGAGGCUGGCGUGCCCGAAGAGUGCAAUUUUCCGUCCCGCGGAGAUCCUGAAGAUCGUUCCUUUCGUCACCCUCGACAAAGAGCUGAUAGAUGGCUUAAGGCGGGUACCUUCAGCGCCAAAGCAAAGCCUGUACCGAUCUCCAGCCUGUACAAUGUGCUUACCAACUCAAAGCCCCCCAAAUGGGAGGAUGAGUGGUCUCUCCUACCCGAUAUGCAUAUAAUUCAGGAGAGCGUUUCCACUUUCGCUCUUCACUUCUUCCAACUCGGGUUCAUUCAUAAAGAUCAGUUCUUUUUGCAGAUCAAGCAGAAUCCAGGAUCCGGAAGCGCAUUUCUGCUCCUGACUAUUCUGAGUAUUUCGGCAAAGAUCAACAAGAAAAUCCAGGCAGCCUGUGGACUGGGCCAGAACACAGACAAAAGGUUCAUGAGGAGUGCCGAACGGCUCGCUAUCGAUGAGCUCUACAGACAACCAACCUUGGAGAGGUGCCAGGCUUUCCUUCUGUUGAGCAUUUUGCAACAAGGAGAUGGAAAAUCUGACUCGAGUUUCAUUAACCUAGGAGUGGCUACAAGAAUGGCCGUGCUCAUGCGGCUACAUCGCGAGGAGGCAUAUGAGUGGGUCGCACCAAGCUCAUCAUCUGAAGAGAUCAUACGCGCCGAGGCUGCUAGGCGAACCUUUUUUCAGUUUUAG